GAGACGUUUGGCUUUGGUGUUCGCUUCCCUUAAGAGAUUUCUUUCCGAUUUCCUUCGUUUCUUUGCUUUCUUCUCUUUUCGCGGAUCUCUCGUUCGACUGUCUCCAGUCGACGACGUGGAGACUCGCGUUUAGGGUUCUCUGGUCUGUUAUCGGGAGCGGAAGCUGGGUCGAUUUUCCUUGGGGAUUCGACAUCGGAGAAGAAUUAUGAACCGAGUGAGGGCAUCUGGAGUUGAAGUUCUUGUGUCCGAUUGGGAUCCAUGACGAAGCAGUAGGGAUCCUUCUGCAAAUAAAGCCGAUCCUGGGGUUCUCAGUAGUUGUGUCAAUUACUAGUUUUUUUGAGCGCUACGUAGGUCUUUGAUAGAUCUGCGAAGCUCUUUUCCUGUUUCCAAGUGUUCUUUUCUUAUCUGCAUAUUUUCGUUUCAUUAUUCGAUUACCUUUGGGAACCCCCCCAGAAAAAGAAAGAUCCAUAAGAUCUAUAAAUCUAAAUUUGGAUAUGUAUAUCAAUUCCAAAAGAAACAAAUGUGGUUAGUACUGAUUAUUUUGGAUGGUAGACAGAGAAUCUUUUGCAGAACAGAUUGAGAAAAUGGAGGAUGACAAUGAGCUUGAGCUUAAAUUGGGCCUUUCUUUCGGAGGAUCUUCAGGCAAAUCUAAAAGUAAAAGCAUUCCUUCAGACUCUAAAUUAGAAGAGGCAAGCAUUAGUCAAUUGAUUGGCAUAGGUGUGACUGUUUCAGAUGUUCCGUUCAAUAACUUCUUCCAGAAUAAUGUUGGAAACCGAAACCAAAGUGGGAAACAAGCAGUUUUUCCAUCCCAAGAGAACUUCAGGACAGAUAUUAGCAAGUGCAGUGCCCCGACGAUAGAUGGUUAUGACAUUGCACAGAGUAGCCAAUCACAGUUUACCAGGCAUAAAGAGCUUCUCAUUGCAAGUAACAGAGCUAAUGAAUUUGAAGAAGAGAAAUUAGGUCUGAAGAAACCUAGAUUGCAAUCCGAGAAGAUAAAUUUUCAAAAGAAGCAUGAGAAGGUAGUUGACCGCGCUGAGGUUUUAGGUAAGGGCCCUGAUGAGGUCACUUUGGUGAAACAUUCACAUCUUUUAGUUGCUGCAGAUGACGGUUCAACCGGUGAAAAUGAGGAUGUUGCAGAAUCCGAAGCAGAAGUUUCAAGCUCUUGGCUAGUUUCGCAGCAUGUAGACACUGCUAAGUGUUCUGAUCUUCUCAAAGGUACUGCUAAACAUGCUUUAGGCAAUCCAGCAGGGAUUUGUGUCCGAGGACAGAUACAGAAAACAUAUUCUGGAAAUACAUCUAAUGUUGAACUUCAAAAAGUAACAUAUGGAACUCCAUUGUCUCUUCAACCACUGACUGUUUCAAUGGUGCCCUAUCCAAUCCCUGCUAAACCAACUGUUGCUGGUGCACCUAUCACAACAAGCUCUCCUUCACCAUAUGUUGUGCAACCAACAAUUCCCACAAAAGAUGAAGAUCCUGUAGUACAGGGAACAAACACUGAUGACCAGCAGAUUGUUUUUGGGUACUCAUCAGUUCAGCUCCCUACACUAGAGACAAACUCUUCAUGGGCAUUUGGUUCUCAGCCUCAGAUAGUCUCUUCCUUAGUUGUCGGGACAUCAAACUCACUGCUUCAUGAAGAUGAGACAAAGAGAUCAAAUGUUUCUACUCAGAUGCACCCAUCAACAAAUUUGGGAUACGAAAAUAAGUUAGCAGGUUUAGCAAAGGGCAAUUGCAAACACGUUGUGGAGACCGGAGCAUCAUCCUCUUCUAAGGCUGAGGAAGGCAAGGGUAUCAGUUCUAUUCUCAGGCAGAAGGAAACAACAAACCUGCUUGUUGUUGAAGGCUUUCGUCAUGAUGGAUCUGCCAUAAAGCCUGGUGUUGCAUCAAACUUGCAAUUUGGAGGGUGUGGCUCAUUUCCAGAUCUUCCAUGGGUCUCGGCAACUGGGCCAGGCCCCAAAGGUAAAACCAUAUCUGGUGUUACCUACAAGUAUAGCAAAAACCAAGUAAAGGUCGUUUGCGCAUGCCAUGGGUCCCACAUGUCACCAGAAGAGUUCCUUCGUCAUGCAAGUGCAGAUGCUAUGAACCCUGAAAAUAGUAUGAGCUUGGCAUCAUUCACUAGCAGUCCAUCAGGUUCAGUGCAGAACUAGUUUCAACAUCUAUGACAUUUUGUAUCUAUGAACUAGCGUAAAACCAUAUCUGGUGUUACCUACAAGUAUAGCAAAAACCAAAUAAAGGUUGUUUGCGCAUGCCAUGGGUCCCACAUGUCAUCAGAAGAGUUCAUUCGUCACGCAAGUGCAGAUGCUAUGAACCCCGAAAAUAGUACGAGCUUGGCAUCAGUCACUAGCAUCAGGUUCAGUGCAGAACUAGUUUCAAGCUUAUUAUGAAGUUAGAGAAACAUCUAUGACAUGGCAACAGAUUAUUCAACAGGCACAUGACUCAAUGAAUGUGGUAUCUCUUAAAUUCUGUUGCCCUUUAUUAUAUAAUGAUCAUUUAAGGUCAUGAUCAUUUAAGGUAUCAUGUAUUACUCCAAAAUAGAUCUCAAACAUUAUGAAAAGACGUUGUAAUUUAUCAGUUGUAUGAAUCUUUUCUUUCUCUGUUCA